AUGGCCGAGAUUGAGCUAAAAACAGCACCUGUUGAUUUUCGUUUUCCUACAACCAAUCAAACCCGACACUGUUUCACUCGCUACAUAGAGUUUCAUAGGUGCAUUACAGUAAAAGGUGAUAACUCAGGCGAAUGUGAGAAAUUUGCCAAAUAUUACCGUUCUCUUUGCCCCGGUGAAUGGGUUGAGAAGUGGAAUGAACAGAGGGACAAUGGAACUUUCCCCGGUCCUCUUUGA